CCGCCAUCACAACGACCUUGAGAGUGUCACAGUGUUUUAUGCAAUCCCUGCCCCGUCUCCAGAAAAUAUAUCUGCUGUGCCAAAGCCAUCCAUUUGGGUUCAUCUCUAUCAGGUGUUUACAGUUCAGAAGUGAAACAGUUUUGUGUGGAAUCUGGUGAUGUCCUAUGGCUUGUAUUUUGUGACAUGUGAAGACUGUCCCAGAGAUAUAGGCUGCUGUAGAAAGAAAUUAUUACUAGGUUUUGUCAGUGGCAGUCAUGGCUUUGGUUGGUUGUAAAAGUGCUCAACUUCACAGAAGAUUACUGCUAGGAAGGGCAUUUAUAGAUGGCGCCAGUGUCAGUCAGCAGAGACAUGUUCACCUCAGUGGUAGCGACCAGGCCAGAUGUCAUUAUAAAACUCUGGGAGUAUCUAGAACUGCUACACCAGCACAGGUGAAAGCAGCGUAUUAUAAAAAUUCUAAAAAAUAUCAUCCAGACUUGAAUAAAUCCAGGGACGCACAGAGAUUAUUCACUGAGAUCAAUUCUGCUUAUGAAGUCCUUGGCAACCCAAUAAAGAAAAAGGAAUAUGAUAAAACUCUGGCCUACCAGAGCACUUUCCCAGGCCAAUCACAGCAGGCCUCACCAAGAAAUCACCAAACUGCAGGGGGCGCCACCUUCCAUGGCCCUUCCAAUAGAGGGCGCAGAACCAGGGGACCCACUCCUAUCUACAGAAGUGGUAAAGACAUCUCAUAUGAGGAGUACAGACGUAUCUGGCACCAGGUGAAGUUUGGGGGAGAGGAGUAUGACAGGAUGAGAGAGGGGCAUCACACCAAUGACACAAAGUACAAACGGGGGCAAAACAUGGAACAGGAUCCCUUUCAGAAGAGGGCUGAAGAGCAGAGAAAGACGGGGGUGGUCGUUCGUGUGCUGGUUUUUAUCACUUUUCUUAUUCUUAUAUUCCAAAUACACAUCGUGACCAAACAUAAGAGAAGGAUUAUAAGACACGAUGAGAAACACAUGAUUCGCCGCAGACGAGAGAAAACCAAGGAAGUUGAACCUGUCAUCCAUAUUUAGGUCAAGGUCAUUCUGUAUUUUAAGAUCUGAAGAGGUCACUAUAUUAAGGCAGGGUCCCAGGAGAAGAAUGGUAAGAAGAUAACAGAGCACCUCCUUUCUGUGGCUCAAAGCAGUGUUAGUAUCUUCAUCACUGUCCAGGAGUGUGAAGGGAUGAUGUGUAUGAAUCACAUUGACACUGGAGAAAUAUUUGACAUAGUAAAUAGUUGUCCUGGACAUGGCUAUACAGUGUCAGUGUGGACAGAUAGCCAGCUCCAAACUGUUACAAAUGAAAUGGAAGACAUUUGUGAGUGGAGUCUGGAGUUGUCCUCCAUGGCGUUCUCUGUCUCUAGGCGUGCCGAGGUGUGGGAAGGAUCACUACUCCACCCUCGGCGUCCCCAGAGACGCCACCCCCGACCAGGUCAAAGCUGCCUACUUCAAACUGUCCAAAAUAUAUCAUCCAGAUUUGAAUAAAUCCCCUAACGCCCAGGAGAAAUUUACUGAGAUUAGCGCUGCGUAUGAGGUGAUCGGGAGUCCUCUGCAGAGACAGGAGUAUGACAAGACCCUGAGACUGUAUACAGCCACAGCUAGACCUUACUAUAGAACACAGGCAGGGAGCAGGCCCUCUAGUCAAACUGGGCCUGAUUGGUGGACUGGGCACAGUCAAAGGUCAAGGUCAAACAACGACCCACAUAAUUCCAACUCAAGAUACAGAACAGCGUAUCGACCUUCUGGUAACAACUUCAAGCGUUACGGGCAUCAGUACUACGAACCACAUGAUAUAGAUUAUGAUGAACUCUGGAGAAGAAUUCAAAACAAACGCAAAAAGACUCAAAAUGGUCAUGUGAGAUAUGAUGAAAAAUUUAAAUUCAGUAGAAAGCAACAAGUAGAGGAUAGUAUAAACCAGCUAGCUUUGCCUUUCUUCUCACUCUGUUUUAUGUUAUUUCUAAUCUGUGCAACCAUGACACUCCGAAUGGUGGUAGCCAAGUCUAUGGACCCGAACAAAUAUAUAAGUGUCCAUGAUUUGCGUAACACAAAAGUGGGGAAAGAUAUUAAAUAUGUAAAUAUCGGUGAUGUACGGAAAAGAAAAGUCAAGGAAUAACCCCGUGCCCUGUUCCAUAUACCUGGCUGAUUUUCUUGUAGUUCAAAAGCCUCCAAACAGAUGGGACUUGUUUAUGGAUGAUCCAGUGUGUUGUAGUGAUAUUGGCAGUAUUUUAAAUUAAUUUAAUAAAAUUUCAAAAAUGCCUUCCA